UUGGGCCUGCCCCCGCCCUCACCUGUGCGGCCCGCAGGUGAGCCGCCAUGUUGCGGCGCUGAGCGGAGCCGGCAUGCGGUGCGGCGAGGCGGUGGCGGCCGGCGGCGGCGGCUUCCUCCUCCUUUCGCGCGGGGUCCUGCUUCUGCUCGGUGUCUGCAACGUUCUUUCCCUGGAAAUUAAAGUCAGUCCUAAAGUACAAGCUUUCAUUGGUGAAAAAGUAUCGCUGAAAUGCUCAUUCAAAUCCAGUUCCCCCAUCACUGAGAGCCUGACAGUAGACUGGACAUACCGGCCCCUCACAGGUGGUGAGAUGGAGACAAUUUUUCAUUAUCAGUCUGUUCCAUACCCAACAACAGUGGGAAAGUUCAAAGACAGGAUCUCCUGGGUUGGGAAUGUUGCCAAGGGUGAUGCUUCCAUUGCUAUCCAAAGUCCAGUGAUGAGUGACAAUGGGACGUUCAUCUGCAGCGUGAAGAAUCCUCCAGACGUGUACCAUAACAUUCCCCAGACGAUGCUGACAGUUACGGAGAGGGGCCUUUCCUUCCAGCUAACUUCAGCGGUGCUGCUGUCCAUUUUAGUAUUUCUCCCUUCUGUUGUUGUGGUUACUCUGCUGUUGGUAAGAAUGGGAAGGAAAUUUGGAGCAGUAAAGGAGAAGAAAAAACCUGGCUGUAAGAAAUCCUCCAUCGAAAUGUCUGAUGAGCCUGAGCAUACAGAGACAGACAACUGCUUGGGGAAGCUCAGAAACUGGUGUCUGAACUGCGUGGACACAGAUGAGGAAGAUCCAUACUGAAGAAGGACUAAAGCUAUGGAUAAAGGACAAAAUUACAGCACUGAAAAUCAUGGCUAGAUAGGUAUGAAGGCUGCUGGAUGCACAGUGCAGACUGAAGGACCUGCUCUAAUCGCGGUAGAUUGGAAGAAUAAUGCUGACGGGAUAACUAACUUUUAUUUAAGCACAAAAUGAUGAUUUUGGAAAUCUUUCUAGUUUACUGGGGCUAAAAAAAUCUCUUAACCUUACUUCGCCAGUGCCUGCAGAAACCUCAGUGCCUACAGCUGUACAGCCUGUUUCCUACGAGCAGUCUGACAACACGUGUUUCUUAGUUGACUUGCAGAUUUGUUUCCUUUAUUAUUGGUGACAUCCCUCCUUUCCUCUGCCCUUGAAUUCAAGCUGCCGGAAGCACAGGCUACUCCAGAGUGACGUCAGCUCUCUAAGGUGAUCAUAAUGGGCAUUGACAAUGGUUUUGCUCCUCAAGUUUUGUGGAAUGUCUUUUUUUUUUGCAAAGGACUUAAACCGGGUUGAUUAAGUUGGUAUAUGGCACCCUUUGUCUUGGAGCAAAGACAACCUACUGCUUUUUAACUAUUUCUCGGUGUAAUCUGCCACUUAAUUACAGGAUCAUCAUUUUGUUCCUACUGUUUUCUGAUUCUUUUUUGAAGUCACCAACUGCACCAUAGUAUCACCUUGCAUUGUUGAGGUUUACUUUUUUUAUUAUUAUUUGUCCAACAGCUCCAUUACUAGGUACACCAUCUACUUGUAGAAGUAAAGCACAAGUCAUAAAACUAAUUUUUAAAAUCAGAAAUAGAAAUGGGGACUCUGUAUCCGGGGAAACAUAACCCCAUCUACCUCAACCAUUGACUCAAACAGUGUCCAAAGGAAUGUUCCGUGUUCAGAACAACAGUCAUGUUGCUCCUGUCUUCUAGGCGCCACUUUAGGGAAACAGCUAAGCAUGCAUUAUUAGGGCCCAGUAAGAGAGAGUACUUUUUUUCUUUUAACCAACCUUGUCCAGUAAUGAAUGGCAGAGAGCUGUGGAGUUCAUGUCUGGUCAAUAUCUAAACAGCUGCUGUUUUCUGCUUCCUUUCUGUGUGCGGCAUUAGUCAAAUAGUCUCCUUUUAUGUAUGUGUUGACUUUGAUGUGCCGUUACCAAUAAAUUGCUUUGUUUCUUUCUGG